AUGUCACAAAGUCGAAAAUAUCAAAGUUUUGAUUUCUAUCGAAAUGUUUUAAAGAAUGCUAAAUAUAUACUUGCACCAAUGGUGGAUCAAUCAGAAUACGCUUGGCGAGUUCUAUCUCGUCGUUAUGGAGCUCAAGUUUGUUAUACACCGAUGAUACAUGCAAAAAUGUUUUGUGACGAAAACCACAAACAAUAUCAAAAAGAAGUUUGGUCGACAGACUCGGACGAUCGCCCAUUAAUUGUUCAAUUUUGUGCCAAUGAUCCAGAAAUUUUACUUAAGGCAGCUUUAAAAGUACAGGAUCAUUGUGACGCUGUCGAUUUAAACUUAGGUUGUCCUCAACAUAUUGCACGGCGUGGUCAUUAUGGGGCUUUUUUACAGGAUGAUUGGGACUUGAUCUAUAAAUUAAUAAAUACACUUCAUGAAAAUCUUGAUAUUCCUGUGACAGCUAAGAUUCGUAUAUUUCCGGAAGUAGAAAAAACGAUAAAAUAUGCAAAAAUGAUAGAAAAUGCGGGUGCACAAUUAUUGACAGUCCACGGUCGUGUUCGUGAUCAGAAAGGACAUAAAACUGAAUUGGCGGAUUGGGAACAAAUCCGACGUGUUAAGGAAGAACUUAAAAUACCUGUCAUAGCCAAUGGAAAUAUACUUUAUUUUGAAGAUAUUCGAAGAUGUAUUGAGGUUACUGGCGUUGAUGGAGUUAUGUCUGCAGAGGGCAAUCUUUAUAAUCCAGCCAUUUUUGCAGGGGUUAAUCUUCCGGUUUGGCAAUUAGCAAAUGAAUAUUUGGAAAUUUGCAAAAUGAUUCCAACUAAAAUUGCCUGCAUCCGAGCACACCUUUUCAAGAUUUAUAGACCCGCACUUCCGUAUCACGUGGAUUUGAGAGAACAAUUUUCUCAGGCCAAUACCUUUGAAGAAUUAUGUAAAAUAUCCGAAGAACUCAAAGGACAAUAUCCAGAAAACACAGUUAUUCAAAAAGAUGAGACUGGAUAUAAGAUAUUUCCUUAUUGGAUUUGUCAACCUAAUAUUCGCUUGACAGAAAAUGCUAAGAAAAAUCAAGAAGAAUUAAUGAGAAAAGAGAAAUUAUCUGAUGAGAAUAAUAAAUCAACAAAUGAUGAACCACAAGUUGGUGUGAGCUCUAAAUCAUCAUUGAAAAUUGAAGAAUUAGAAAAGGAAACAGAAUCACAUAAUGAAACUAAUCAAACUCCCAUUGAUAUAAAUUUUGGAAUUGAUUUGAUGUUUGAGUAUAAUUUAGAAAGAUCCAACAAUAAAGACAGCUGA